AGUAAGCUGGCUUUGCGUGCUGAGGAUCAGUGUCGUGGGUCUGAUGAGUGGAACUGAGGCAUAAUGGGAGCAGGCGCCGACUCGACGGGGACGAACCCCCCAAAACACCACUGACCUCUGAACCCAAGACACACAGAGAGCACGGUGUCAUGGAUGCCGUAGAUCCAUCUCCUCUGCGACGUUUCGUCAUUGCGAAACAUUCGAUCACCUCCAUCUUUGACCAGCUGCUGGACUUUGUGAAGGAUGGCUCCGCCUUUGUGGAUGAGGCGUGGCGCAGUGAGGACCUGGGUCAGGUGGCCGUGGAGGAGCAGAGUCUGGAGAUGCAGAGCUGUGCCAUCAAGCUGACGACCAUCAGAGACGUCCUGCUCAGGAGACACAUGAAGGUGGCGUUUUUUGGCAGGACGAGUAACGGGAAGAGCACAGUGAUCAACGCCAUGCUGAGAGACCGAGUGCUGCCCAGCGGCAUCGGUCACACCACCAACUGUUUCCUGAGCGUCGAAGGGACCGACGAAGACGAGGCUUACCUCAUUACCGAGGCGUCCACCGAGAGGAGGAGCGUGACUACGGUGAACCAGCUGGCUCAUGCUCUCCACAUGGAUCCCACUCUGGACUCGGGUACACUGGUCAAAGUCUUCUGGCCUAAAAGUCGCUGCGCUCUGCUGAGAGACGACCUGGUGCUCAUGGACAGCCCUGGGACCGACGUCACCCUGGAGUUGGACAGCUGGAUCGAUAAGUUCUGUUUGGACGCAGACGUCUUUGUUCUGGUGGGAAACGCAGAGUCCACUCUGAUGAACACGGAAAAACUUUUCUUUCACAAAGUCAGCGAAAAAAUUUCCAAACCGAACAUCUUCAUUCUCCACAACAGAUGGGACGCAUCAGUGACCGAACCGGACUACAUCGAAGAGGUGAGGAACCAGCACCUGGACCGCUGCGUGGGGUUCCUCGCCGACGAGCUGAAGGUGGUCGGCCUGGACGACGCCGCGGGGCGGAUCUUCUUCGUCUCAGCUAAAGAGGUUCUGAGCGCCAGGAUGCAGCGAGUGCAGGGCAUGCCUGAGACAGCUGAGACAGGGGGCGCCCUGGCUGAGGGUUUCCACGAGAGGCUGAGAGAGUUCCAGAGGUUUGAGAGGACGUUUGAGGAGUUCAUCUCUCAGUCUGCGGUGAAGACCAAGUUUGAGCAGCACACGGUGAGAGCGUGGCAGAUCACAGAGGCCAUCAAAGGUGUGAUGGACGCCAUCAACAUCGCCUCUGCCGACAGGAAGAUCUGCUGCCUGGAGGAGCGGGAGGACCUGAGAGACCGGCUGGACUUUGUUCGAGGGCAGAUUAACCGCCUGAGCGCCAGCGUCAAAGAGAGGAUCAGGACUCUGAGCGAUGAUGUCACAGCCAAGGUGUCCUCGGCGCUGACGGAUCAGAUCCGCUCACUUCCUGUUCUGGUGGACGAGUUCAGAGCCGACUUCAGCCCCACGCAGGAAACUCUGCUGCUCUACAAAACUAAGCUGCUGCAGCACGUGGAGGAGCGGCUCAUCGGCGGUUUGGAUCACCGCUGCUCUGUCGGCGUCCUCAGAGACAUCAGAGACGCCCAAAGUCACAUGAUCGACGCUGUCCGUCCUCUGCUGUCUCCGGCUCUGCAGGAGCAGCUCUCCACUCCCGCCGCCUCCUUCGAGCUGACCUACGACCUCGGCCUUGCCGCCCUCUGCGCAGACUUUCAGGAGAACAUCGACUUCCAGUUUUCUCUGGGCUGGACCGCCCUCGUCACCCGCUUCAUCGGUGCCGCAAACGCCAAACGAGCGCUGAGUGGCGCCGACUGCGCGCAGAAGGUAAGUUCAGCGCAGCGCCACAUCUGUGAAACCUUCAGAAAAAACAGAGUGCCCAUGGAAACUGUCUCUCUGCUGCAGGAACGCUCCACCUUUAGGGAUGAAAUGGUGGUUUCCAUAGCAACGGGUCUGGUCUCUGUCACAUCCAGGGCGUCCAUGACGGUGCUGGUGAUCGGCGGAGUGGUGUGGCGUUCAGUGGGCUGGCGUCUCAUCGCCCUCUCUGUCUCUCUGUAUGGUCUCCUCUACCUGUACGAGAAACUCACCUGGACUGAUGCCAGCAGGGAGCGCGCUCUGAAGCAGCAGUUUGUCGAGCACGCCGCUCAGCGCCUGAGAGCCAUCGUCCCCGUCGCCAGCAGCGCCUGCAGCCAUCAGGUGUGCAAGGAGCUGUUGUCCACCUUCAGCCGUUUGACUCAGAGGGUGGAGCUGAGUGACGCCGAGCUGGAGGGAAACAUCCGUCAGCUGAGCUUCAGGAUCCAGAGACUGGAGAACAUCCAGAGGCGUUCCAAGGCCUUCAGGAACAGAGCCACCGAGCUGGAGACUCAGCUGGAGGUCUUUUCGGUUCAGUACCUGCAGGAAAACUAAAGAAGAAGAAGAACUGCUGUGGUGGACGCUCCUGGCCAAUCAGAAGCUGGUGGAGAGUCCUGAGGUAUCGCUCAUCGCCCAGCGGUAACACCGACAGUCGCAUAAAUCCUAGACAGCUCCCUGCUCAGGUGACCUUCGUCACGAACCAACACAAACCAACUGGUAGAGGACAGCUUACCACUGAGGGCUGAACAGGAAGCAGCAGGAGACCCCGACCUUGAGUCCACGCUGUCCUGCAUCAGUUCUCCUUCCUCUGUUUUUGCUUUAGAAUCAAGGGUCAAAGUUCGUCUGUAGGCUCGUACAGCCUUCAUGAGCAGCUGAUGAGAACACGCUCCUGAAUCUUUGGCUCCACCUUCAGGCUUCAGGUUUGGGUCUCAUGAGGUGGCGAGUGGAUGCUCCGCCUUCGCUGUGACCACAAACAGCUGAGCAGAGUUCCCUCUGAGUCUGAAUGAACCUCAGCAGCUUAUCUCACACCAGCUUCUAAUAUCUCAUCAUGUGAAUGUGAUUAGACGUAUUGAUCAGUGAUAGAAUCCAUAAAUCUGUGGAUUAUUGCUCAGACGUGUGAUGUGUUACAGAGCUCCUCACCACCUGGCAGGAAGUCAACCUUCUAGUGAAAAAUCAAGAAAAUAAAAGCACUGAAUGUUC